AUGCAAGUAGACACUAAUGGUUUUCAUUGUUUUAAGGGACUUGUUAAAAUGUUACGACAAGGAGACGAUCUAUGCUACCAAGCCGUCAAGAAGGAAGACGCAGAAAAAGUACAAUCGAUGACAAAAGACGAGGCGAUGGUAUACUCGUACAUCGAAGCAUCCGGCUCAGAAGGUAUCUGGACCAAGACCAUCAAAGCAAAGACAAACCUCCAUCAGUCGGUAGUUCAACGCUGCCUGAAGAAUUUGGAAGGAAAGCGGUAUAUCAAGAACAUCAAGUCGGUCAAGUAUCCUACGCGAAAAAUCUAUAUGCUGUAUAACCUCCAGCCGUCUAUCGAUGUCACAGGAGGUCCAUGGUUCACAGACUCCGAGCUCGACACUGAGUUCAUCUCGAGCCUGCUGUCCAUCGUAUUCCGCUUCAUCGCCUCAGAGUCGCUACCCUCCGAAGACGACAAACCCAUCGCCCCGCCACCAAAGCACCGCAAACGGAAAUCCUCCUCAAAAAAAUCCUCCUCCUCCUCAUCAUCAUCGAAAGAAAAACAAGUCUCGUACGACCAACUCUCCUUCCCGGCCUCGUACAGCAAGUACCCUUCGCUCUCCGACAUCCACGACUUUGUGCAAAACUCGGGAAUCACGACCGUCGAUCUCGCGCUCUCAGACAUAAAAGCGCUCGUCGACGUCCUUAUCUACGACGGCAAGAUCGAGACCAUCGACGACGGCAUGUCGUACCGCGUCGUCCUGGGCGCGACUGCCGAGAACGGCGCCGACCUCGGCGGAGACGAAGACGGCUCCGGAGGAGUGGCUUGGGACGCUUACACAGAAGUCCCCUGCGGGCAUUGUUCGAUUGUCGAUCUGUGCAAGACAGGGGGACCUGUGAGCGCCGAGGAGUGUGUAUAUUUCGACGAAUGGCUGAUCCAAUAG